GGACCAAAUCGGCCGCUAAGGCGGCUUAGUCAGGCCCCUCCAGAAUGGCGGAAGGCGGAGAAACCAGGAUAUCCAGAAUCCCAGAUCAAUCGCUCAUGGUCACAACCCGAUCGCUUAUCUUCUCUCGCUCCGCUGGCCCCGAUGCUGGAGCUGAUCUCUCCAUGCCUCGCGAAACCCGAUAAUGAGUUCCUUCUCCCAGCUGAUCACCAAUGUGAAAAAAGCCCGCGCUGCCUUCAACAGAGGGAGGAGCAGAUCGGACGCCAAGCGGAACAACCACACCUUCAGGCAUAGUGUAUUUCCGUCCUCGCUGUCGUCAACGUCUGUUGUCGAACCAAUCAACCUACUACCCACGUCCUCGCCCUGGGACCUCCUCCCUGUCGAGCUUCAGAUCAAGAUAUUCGCCCACUGCGGAGUCGCCGAUUUCCUACCCUUGAAACUGGUCUGCCGAUCCUUCUUCCAGCUCCUCACCUCCCAGGAGCACUGGAUCACCCGGCAGUACCUGCGCCAACGCCGUCAUGGAACUCUUCCGUCCCCGAUAGACAGCGAAAGAACGUAUUCUCGGCACCCGGAAGAUGAUGUAGUGCUGUUGUCGGAUCUGUUUCCGCCUAUUUCCAGCGCCAAAGGAGGCCAUCUUUACACUUUCCGAUACAUCCAUAGUCUCCGGCGUCGCCAGAAACUUUGUUCAAAGCUAUGCUAUUACCUUGCCGAUCGAGUCGUCGAUCGCUUCAUGCGGUGCGAGCCGGGUUUUGUGAAGUCGCGUUUCCCUUCUAGGAACGAGCGCAGUGACUUUAUGAAACGAGCUAUCGGGACUAUUUGGUUCUACCUGACCCCGCUUAUGUACUAUACUUUGUACUUCCUUGAGACCUAUACCCUUGCUAGAAGAGAGCAGACCAAUACCCUUUUGCGCGAUUUCGAAGCCGGACGACUGCCAGUCCGUCUACCCCCCGACGCUCGCAAGUCUAUAUACCGGGAUUUGCAGGUUCAGAUUCUUCAAUCCCCGCCCUUCACAGACACCGCCACCCUCGUCUCCACACACCACUGCAUGCAACUCCUCGUUUCAUACCUGCAAUAUACCGUGCCCCCCGACGAGCCCGGACCUGCGGACGACAGCUGGAUAAGCUCGUUGCUCACCGUGUCGCCCUUCAUGCGCGUGCUGGAAUAUUUCUCCGCCGAAAUCGGCGACGGCGGCAGCCAGCGCAUGCAGCGGAAAGAGUUCAUGCACAACUUCCACAACGACAUCACAUCCAACGAAAAGGACGACAUGAACUCGCGGGUGUUCGAGUGCGCCCCUCACAUUCACGUGCACGGCUCCACGCAGGACGUCUGGUUCGACGUUGCAACUCAGGAAUUGACCUCGAGACGGGCGAUGCAGCAUAAGCCGGAACUUGUCUUGGUGUGGGACGGGCUGCCGAUUGUCUUUGGGUGCCAGUAUUGUCGGGACUCGGCGGGAUGGCGCGCAUGAUUCGUUCGGUUUUAGAUUCGUUUUGAUGAUCAGUAUAUUUAGCCUGCGUUGGUUCGUUGCCUGUUAUAUUGGAUAUACGGCGUUUUCUUUUUUUCGUUGGGGACUUAUGGCUCAUGCAUUACUUUACCUUACUCGAACGCAUAUUUUCUGCUUAUCUUAUCUUAGCAUGAUAUGAGAUACCAACUGAUUCUACAG